AUGGACGCCGGAUCCAGCUCCCUCAGCCCCAAGGCUUCCCAGGAGACAUUCAUAUCGCUCUUGCAGUUGGAACCAGAGCCCAUAGAAACGCCGCCGGCCACCGAUAAGGACCUUCCUCCUCUCCCCGAAGACGCAGCCGAGGACCAGCGUGCGCCCACCGUCAAGGCCACCAGUACUGCCUCGCUGGGCCUCAGCGGAAGCGGCCACGGAGCUGUGUACUAUUUGAGCCGUAUCCAGAAGUACUCGACGUAUUCUCUGUCCAUAUUCACAACCAUCCAUCUCGCCAACACCUCCUUGAUACCGCUCUUCACCCGCUCGGUCCCCGCCUCCGAGUCCUACCUCCUACUCGCCCGUGAGAUAUACCAGACCUCUCUGACCGAGCCGUUGCUCGUGGGCCUCCCCAUCAUCGCACAUGUCGCUUCGGGCGUUGCUUUGCGCCUGAUCAGGCGGUCUCAGAACCUCCGUCGUUAUGGCGGCGCAACUCCAGGGGUCUUGCCCUUACAUCACUCAAAGACACAUGCGUCCCAUGCCGGCUCCUCAGGGACAAGCUCACCUCGGUCCGGACUGAGAAUAUGGCCGCAUCUCAGCUACAUAUCUGCGUCUGGGUACGGACUGGCCCUGUUCCUCGGCGCCCACAUCUUCAUGAACCGCGGCCUUCCACUAGCUGUCGAAGGGGACAGCGCCAAUAUCGGCCUGGCCUAUGUUUCACAUGGUUUCGCCAGGCACUCAGCCGUGUCGUGGCUGGCCUACACUGGGCUUCUGUCCCUUAGCUGCGGCCAUAUGAUAUGGGGCUGGGCCAAGUGGCUUGGCCUUGCGCAGCGUGCCGGUUGGAAGGUGGACCUCAAGAGUGGGCACGCAACGGGGAACUCGGCUGUCGACAAGAAGAUCAGGAAAAGGAGGAGGCGGAUGUGGCUGGGCAUCCACGGUGCCGCAACCGCCGCCACCGUGGUCUGGGCUGCCGGUGGACUGGGCGUCGUCGCGAGAGGUGGCCUGAUGCAGGGCUGGCUUGGAGACGUGUAUGAUGGCCUGUAUUCUACGGUCGGUCUAUGA